GGCCCGCGCCCUCGUCCCCGACCCCGCGGCGGGCUCCGGGCGGCCGGCAGCAUGAGCGGCGGCGGCGGCGGCGACGUGGUGUGCACCGGCUGGCUGAGGAAAUCGCCCCCCGAGAAGAAGUUGAGGCGCUAUGCCUGGAAGAAACGCUGGUUUAUCCUGCGGAGCGGCCGGAUGAGUGGUGACCCCGACGUCCUGGAAUACUACAAGAAUGAUCACUCCAAGAAACCCCUGCGCAUCAUCAACCUGAACUUCUGCGAGCAGGUGGAUGCAGGCCUGACCUUCAACAAGAAGGAGCUGCAGGACAGUUUCGUGUUCGACAUCAAGACCAGUGAGCGCACCUUCUACCUGGUGGCCGAGACGGAGGAGGACAUGAAUAAGUGGGUCCAGAGCAUCUGCCAGAUCUGCGGCUUCAACCAGGCAGAAGAGAGCACAGACUCCCUGCGGAACAUCUCCUCGGCCCCGCACGCGCCGCGCUCCUCUCCGGCGGAGCUCAGCAGCUCCAGCCAGCACCUUCUCCGAGAACGGAAAGCCUCGGCCCCGUCGCACUCCAGCCAGCCGACCCUGUUCACCUUCGAGCCCGCGCUGUCCAACCACGUGCAGCCCGCCCUGUCGGCCAGCGCGCCCCAGGAGUACCUGUACCUGCACCAGUGCAUCAGCCGGAGGGCGGAGAGCACACGGAGUGCCAGCUUCUCUCAGGGCACCAGGGCCUCGUUCCUCAUGAGGAGCGACACAGCCGUGCAGAAACUUGCCCAGGGCAACGGGCACUGUGUCAACGGGGUUGGCGGUCAAGUCCACGGCUUCUACAGCCUCCCGAAGCCAAGCCGGCACAACGCAGAGUUCAGAGACAGUGCCUACGACCUCCCCCGGAGCCUGGCUGCCCACGGCCACACCAAGGGCAGCCUCACCGGCUCCGAAACAGAUAACGAGGACGUGUAUACCUUCAAGAUGCCCAGCAGCACCCUGUGCCGGGAGUUUGGGGACCUCCUAGUGGACAACGUGGACGUUCCGGCCACCCCGCUCUCGGCCUACCAGAUCCCUAGGACGUUCACGCUGGACAAGAACCACAACGCCAUGGCAGUGGCCACACCUGGGAACUCGGCCAUAGCUCCCCCGCCCCGGCCCCCCAAGCCAAGUCAGGCAGACACACCUCGGUGGGGCAGCCCUCAGCAGAGACCUCCCGCCGGGGAAGGCAGCAGAUCGGUCUCUGCCGCCGCCACCAUCCCCAGGCGUAACACCCUCCCAGCCAUGGACAACAGCCGGCUUCACCGAGCUUCCUCCUGCGAGUCCUACGACUACCCGCAGCGUGGUGGAGACAGUGCCGGCCGGUCUGCCGAGUCCAUGAGCGAUGCAGUCAGCGCUUUCCUGCCAGCGAAAGCAGUCGUGGGUCGAUCAGACAGCACCAAUUCCGAGGACAACUACGUGCCCAUGAACCCAGGCUCCUCCACCCUGCUGGCUUUGGAGCGAGCUGGUGAUAACUCCCAGAGUGUCUACAUCCCCAUGAGCCCGGGGCCACACCACUUUGACCCGCUCGGCUACCCCUCCUCAGCCCUCUCUCUGCACCGAGGCUCCAGCAGAGGGAGUGAGAUCCAGCCACCCCCUGUCAACCGCAACCUCAAACCUGACCGGAAGGCAAAGCCAACACCACUUGACCUGAGAAACAACACCGUCAUCGACGAGCUCCCCUUCAAGUCCCCUGUCACCAGGUCUUGGUCCAGGGCCAUCCACUCCUUCAGCCCCAGCUCCGCCCAGUACUGCCGCCCCAUCUCCACACAGAGCAUCACCAGCACCGACUCUGGAGACAGUGAAGAGAACUACGUCCCUAUGCAAAACCCCGUGUCUGCAUCUCCCGUUCCCAGCGGCACCAACAGCCCAGCGCCUAAGAAGAGCACUGGCAGUGUGGAUUAUCUGGCCCUGGACUUCCAGCCGAGCUCCCCGAGCCCCCACCGCAAGCCAUCCACGUCAUCGGUCGCUUCCGACGAGAAGGUGGACUACGUUCAGGUGGACAAGGAGAAGACCCAGGCCCUGCAGAAUACCAUGCAGGAGUGGACAGACGUGCGGCAGUCCUCGGAGCCCUCCAAGGGCGCCAAGCUGUGACGCCCGCGCCAGGGAGGGGCCCGGAGGCCACUCUGCAGAGCCCGCCUCCUGGCUGCUCGCCCUUCGCCUCUCCAGCACGCCCUCCUGCCCACCUCCUCUCUCCUCUGCCACUCUGGCCUUCAAAGCACUUGGCAUCAGGGACCCUGACCCCUUCCCCCUGGGAGGCGAGGGCCUGAUCGAGGCACCUCCUCUGCCCUCUCCGGGUCCACCUUUGAUUUUUAUCAGCAAUGGCCAUCCUACCUUAGUUAGAGCUCUUGCCAAAAAGCAUCCUUAAGCGUCCGCCUGCCAUUCAGACCCGAAUAUCUGCCGGACGUGUGGGGGCGGGGCCACGGCUCUGAGCCGAUUCCGCACCUCACCGUCCGGCCUCCAGCUACUGGGCUCCCCGCCUCGGUCCCAGAAGAGGCCACAUCGUCCCGCUGACCAGGCACCCAAGGAUCAGCAGGCCAGUGUGGACGCGGACCUCUUCGUCCCUGUCUUCCUUGGCAGAGGCGGGGCGAGGCCACCUAAAGGCGGAGGAGCCGCGGAGGAAGGUCAGAGGCCGUCUUGAGGGACAGAGGAGUUGGAGCCCGAGACACGGAAGGGCAGUGGAGCCCUGCAGGGGUUGCGGGGCAGCCCCUCACUCUCAGGAGUGGGCGAAGUGGAAGGAGGGAGAGGCUGGGGACGGCCGGCCACCGAGAACACGGAGCGGGGCUCAGAGCCCAGGAGAUGGGGAGACAGACGCUGUGGGGCUGGGCCCCUGGGGCCGUAAAGCAUCAGGCCGGCUCUGCCGUCCGGGACAGAGCGCCGUCCCCCCGGACCCCGCCCGCCCGGAGGCCCCGCUCUGGACAAGGCUUGCACCGUGCUGGGCGACGGGGUGGGGGCGGGGGCGGGGGCGGGGGCGCCGGCAUGGCGAGGAGG